UCUAAAGAUAAGAUAGAAAGAAAUUUCAACCUAUAAUCUUGUGUUGGCUUGCAACCAGCCCUGGAGUUCCUGCCACUGUCCAAUGUUGCAGCAUAUCUGGAUUUUCAGCUUGUUACUUCCUGAUAGCAUCCGGGUAGCUUUAAAAACCCCAAACAAAACCAGCAUCUACUAGACACAUUGAUCUCGUCUCUAGAAGGCAAGGGGACCUGUUCGGUUUUUCCUAGGGAAAAGUCCCUGGUAAAAAAUUGGGUGAGCCAAUUGCAUCUUUCUCAAAUCGGCUUUCUGGCUUUUACUGCAGCCCAAAGACCAAACUUGAGGGGAAAAAAUUAACCUGGUUGACUCCUAAGGAUGCCCAAAGCCACGGUGGUGAAGUUGAUCGUAACCGGGGAUGAUUUUGGCUACUGCCCGAGGAGGAAUCACGGCAUCGUGGAGUGUUUCCUGGCCGGGGCCAUCUCCAACGUUUCGCUCCUGGUUAACGGGAGCGCCGUGUCUGACGCUGUCCAGCUGGCCAAGAAACAUUCCAUUCCGAUAGGACUCCACGCCAACCUUUCUGAAGGCACCCCGGUUUGCCCAGCACUGAAGAAAAAGUCCACGCUACUCAACCCAGAAGGGUUCUUCCAUGGGAAGAUGGGAAUUCGGAGGUGUUUGAACGAAGGACUCCUUAAUAUGGUUGAGGUGAAGCAGGAAUUAAUAGCACAAGUGGAGUUGUUUUGCGAACUGACAGGCCGUUUACCACACCACAUGGAUGGUCACCAACACGUCCACGUUCUCCCAGAGAUCAGGCACGUAUUUGCAGAGGUCUUGGAAGCCUACGGGAUCACUUACACGCGGGUUCCCAUUGAACCAGAUCUCCCGCGCUGUGGUUGGAUAGAGUCAACUCUGAUGGAUUUCUAUUCGGGAGUGGAGAAGGAUUCGCUGGACACCAUAGAGGUCUUUCAAAAGCACGGGAUAAGGUGGCCAGAUAUCUAUAUCGGCCUCAGCACCAUGGGGAAAAAUAUGUCCACCCAAAACAUCUUGGAUGCUAUUGAUAACGCCACCACAGCGCAUCUGGCCAAAGACGACUCCGCAACUCCUCCGCCCUCUUCAUUCUUGUGUCCUGGUCAAGGGCUCCGGACAGUGACGCUUGAACUCAUGACCCACCCAGGCUACCCCAGCAUCCCGCCUACUGGAGGUUGUGGAGAAGGCCCGGAUGACUUUUCUCAGUCCUGGGAGCGCCUGCACGAACUCGAGACCUUGAAGAACCCAGAGCUCCAGAAACAGUACCAAAUCAGGAAUAUUCGGCUCUGUGCUUUCCAAGAUCUCACUGUCUGAUUCUCUGUGAAGGACGCUUCCCGUUUUUACACUGGUUAGAUCAGGAGUCGGCAACCCACAGCUCUGGAGCCACAUGCGGCUCUUUCGGUCCUCUGCUGCGGCUGUCGGCUGAUCCCACCACUAACUGGCCGCACCCCUCCCAGUCAUUCCUUACCUGACCUGUUUUCUAUAGGAAGCGGGUCCAAAUGGCUCUUUGAGUGUUUAAGGUUGCAGACCCCUAACCUAGAUGAAGAUGGCUAGUUCAGGGAUGGCUCCCAGGGAGAGCAGAAGACACCCGGGAAAUUUUUGCACCCUCUGCAGGCAGAUAUGGCUCCUCCUCCCCUUUUUAAAUUUUAUUUUUUCUUUCUUUUUUGCAACUGGGGGGGUGGGGGGAAAUCUCACAGAAGAUAUUUUUGUGCAAUUGUCUUCAUGCAAAGAGCCAAGUGGAAUUUCCAGAGUUGAUGGUUGUGGGAGAGGAUUGAGGCAGUCCAGUGGGGAGCCAUCACUUGGCGUUGACUUGAUAGAAAUGCCAGCAUAGACCUGAAAUUUUAGGGUAUACCAAGAGGGGAGAGAAUAUUGGUAACUCAGGGUUGAAAGGCCCUUGUUGCUCUUUGAGCUUGUGGUUUCCUUGCAGACGUUUCGUAACCAAACUAGGUCACAUCAUCAAUGCAUCACUGGGUGUUCAUCUAAUAUAGAGGUCCCCAAACUUGGCAAAUUUAAGACUUGUGGACUUCAACUCCCAGAAUUCCUCAGCCAACUAUGUUGUAAGUCUGGGAGUUGGAAGUCCACAAGCCAAGGCUUGGCACGCUGCAAGAACCCAGCCAUACAGUAACCUAAGUCUCUCUUUCUGCCUUAUAUUCUGAGAUAGAAAGGCAUUUGGAAGAAUCCAAUGUUAUUUUAGGUUGUUUUUGUUUAGUAACUCAGUGAUUUGUUUUAAGGAUUAGUAAAAAAAAAAAAACCACCAUCCCAUCUGUUUGAAUAGUAAGUAGAACAGGAUGAAUCAAGAAUAUCUCGAUCUGCGAGGCUUAAAUCAAAAUGUUAUGAAAACUUCGUUAGAAGGAAGAGACAGUUUGGAGCCUUCCAAUUUUUUCUUUUUUACCCUUGGGUUGAAGGUAGUUUAAUAUCAAAAGCGAACAGUUGUUUUAAGCACUCUCAGGCUU